UGAAAUGUCAACAUGUGAGCAAAUUGGAAUGAAGAAAUAGUAAAAUAUUUCGAUUAAAACUAAUGUAUUUUCAAUAAAACCUCCAGUGUAACGUUUAGCCGUUACCCAAAUUUAAUUCAUCAGAGUGUACUAUUCACUAACUAAAUACCAUCAUGGCUGUGAUGAGAUCGGCGAAUAUUCCCGACGAUGCCGUGUUGCUGGACGAAAUGGAAGCCACUAAGCACGCAUGGGAGUUUGUGACCAACUGGGAGACACCUUCAGAUACCUGGGCUUUACGAUAUGGACCAGGAAUACUGGGCGGCGUCAAUGCUGUGUCUGGUCUCAUUAUCAACAGGCAUUACCGGACGAAGCUCAAACUCGGCCUUUAUGGUUUCUUAGCGUCUGCAAUACCUAUAUCCAUUAUGCCUGGAGUUCUAACACCCCUGUUCCAUAGAUAUUUAGUUUCUACAAAUAUGUUGUUGAUGAAAGAUGGAGCAUGCCCAAUGUGCUAUGAGCUUCGUUCAAUAGCAGUCCAAUGUGGACUUGGGAUUGCAUACCCAAUGGUUCUAGGCCCACUUUCUGGAUUGAUGUUUGCCCAUAGAUAUGGAACUGCUAGAAUACCAGACUUGAGGGAGGGCCCUAAGGUUGUGUUACAAUUUGUCAGGAAAUUGACUAGACCUUUCACAGCCACUCUUACAUUUCUAGCUGUGGCUCAAGUGGUAGCCUCCUCUGUUAUUACUUAUUAUGAAAUGAAAAAUAAUAUCACACUAAAAAGAAAAGUUAUGGAGAUAGAAAAAAUGUAUGAAGAAGAUUUGGCUAGAAACCAAUGAGACUUAUUA